AUGCUAGUAUUAACUCGUCAUAACCUUGUGACCGGAAAGGUCUGGUUUGUGAAACAGUUCUCUGUGGCUACGACAUUGCAAAAUUACGGAAGAGGGAGAGGAAGGAGAGAAGGUAUCUUCCGGGGCGAAAGUAACAGAAGAUUUCUCCAGACAAAUAAUGUUUCUAACCGAUUAGAGGGAAACCAAACUACGCGUUGGGGGUUUAACUUUGUGACCCCUUCUGCUCGGGAUGGCACUACCUCCUCUAAGGGAUUUUUCGUCCCUCGGGACAGAAAGGAAGAGCCCGCCAAGGAACCUGCUACUACUGCUGGGAAGAAUGCGACGGAUUCGAAAUGGUCCACUUACUCUCUUCCGUCCAAGGAAACUUUGACGAAGCAGAAGAACGAAAUCGAAGAACAGAAGGCCAAGACUGAAAAUGCGGCGGCGGCCGCGUCGCUUUCGAAACCGAAACCAAAGAGAAGACUGAGACCCAGGAAGGCCCUGAUAUCUCUGUCACCCAAUGCCAUUUUGCAUUUGAAGGCGCUUUUGAACCAACCGAACCCGAAAUUGAUUCGCAUAGGUGUGAAAAACAGAGGUUGUUCAGGCCUGACUUACAAUCUAGAGUACAUCACAGAGCCUGGCAAGUUCGACGAAGUUGUCGAGCAGGAUGGCGUCAAAGUCAUCAUAGAUUCCAAGGCUCUGUUCAGCAUAGUGGGCAGCGAGAUGGAUUGGAUAGACGACACACUGUCAUCUCGUUUUGUGUUUAAAAACCCAAAUUCGAAGGGAACGUGCGGAUGCGGCGAGAGCUUCAUGGUUUAG